AUGGAUUCCGCGUCUACGCAUAUCAACAUGGGGACGCAACACGGCUAUAUCGACUCAGCUGACGACAUGUCCAUCACGGAAGCUGUGCUUGCAGACAUGGAUUUUGGAGAUGUCGAUGAGCCUGUGCCAUUGGUCAAGAACGACGGGCUCAAAGCUAUUCCCAUGGAGCAGCUGGCGGCCGAGUGGGAUGCGAUGUGGACUGCACAGGAUGCUGCUGCCGAGGACACGACUGCGGUUCCACGAGGUGAGCUGGAGUGUGGUGGUGACGGUGGCUCUACAAUCGUGGCUACAGAGACUGGAUCUGGUGGCCAGGUGUCUGUGGACAAGCCAUCUGUGAACGAGCCCUCUGUGGACCAUGAGCAGGCACUGAAGCCAGAGAGCAAGACAUCGCCGAAUACGCAGGAAGAAAACGAGGCUGCUGAAAAGGACGUGGCCAAGGUGACUCCAGACGCGGUUGUGCAUGUCGAAGACGCGACUGAGCAUUCCGACCUCCCUGGUAUAACCGUUGACACCGCAUCCAACGACGUCAUCGACGAGCCGUCACCUGCCGUCGAUCCCGUACAGGGGCCCCAGAAGGCGGAGCCGACUGAAACCAAAAUCGCUACGCAGAGCUCAGAUGAUGUCACCGGAUCCCACGAUGCUGCCCCAGUUGCUACCACGAUGCAUGCAGCUGCAGCGCCCGAGAAGGCGGCAGACAGCGCAUCGCCAGUCAUCAGGCCAUCGAGUCCCGGCACGCUGUUCUGCACCCCACGCGCUCCCAAGCACGCGGGCAAACAGCACCUCGGCGUGGGGAAAAACACAAUCCAGGUCUCCAACUUGUACCAGGGACUCGAGUCGCUGGAUGCCUCGCAAGAAGGAAUGGAGUCCGGGAACGAGGAUGGCGGUGAUGGCGAGGAAGACGAGAACCCUGCGCCCGCCGAUGAAGCGCCUGUAGACGAAUGGCCGAUCAAGGAUCAGGGCCCCGGACCCGCGGCGGCGGCAAGCAAGAAGGCGAAGCGCGGGAAGCGCGGAAAGAGGGCGGGCAAGAAGGUACAGUUGAAGAGGGCAAAGGCACUGGCAGUGGUGGAAGAAGAGGAGAUGGAGAUGGAGGCGGAGGCAAAGGCCAAGGCCGUAGGUAUCGUUGAGACGUCGACACUACUGGAUGUUGACGAGCCCCAUGUCGCUCCCGCUGGCCUGCUCGUGCUUGCGCUGAGUGUGGUUGCUGCGUUUGUCGGCGCGUGGAUCGAGGGCUACUAG